CAGCCGCUCUCACCAACCGCAGCGCGCGACGGGCAGGGUAUUGGAUUGGAUUGGAUUGGAUUGCGAAGAGAAUGGCGGCGCCGUCGUCCCUCGCGUCCUCCCACCUCACCCGCCUCGCCGACCUCCGUCGCGCCGGCACCGCCGUCGCCGCCGCCCCGCAGCAGCUCCGCAUCGGGUGCUCCCGCCGCCGGGCCCAGCGCGUCGUCGCCAUGGCCGGAUCCGGCAAGUUCUUCGUCGGAGGCAACUGGAAGUGCAAUGGAACAAAGGACUCCGUUAGCAAGCUUGUGACUGAACUGAAUGCUGCUACACUUGAACCUGAUGUUGAUGUUGUGGUUGCACCGCCAUUCAUUUAUAUCGAUCAGGUCAAGAGCUCACUAACUGAUCGCAUUGAGGUUUCUGCUCAGAAUGUUUGGAUUGGAAAAGGAGGAGCAUACACUGGAGAGAUCAGUGCGGAGCAAUUGGUGGACAUUGGCUGCCAAUGGGUUAUUCUUGGCCAUUCCGAGCGUAGGCAUAUCAUCGGUGAAGAUGAUGAGUUUAUUGGGAAGAAGGCUGCAUAUGCCUUGAGUCAAAAUGUUAAGGUUAUUGCCUGCAUAGGAGAGCUGUUGGAAGAGAGAGAAGCAGGGAAAACUUUUGAUGUCUGUUUUAAGCAGAUGAAGGCUUUUGCAGACAGUAUUACAAACUGGGCAGAUGUAGUAGUUGCAUAUGAGCCUGUUUGGGCUAUUGGAACCGGGAAAGUUGCUACUCCUGAGCAAGCUCAGGAAGUCCAUGCUGCUGUUCGUGAUUGGUUGAAAACCAACGUGUCACCUGACGUUGCUUCGAGCAUUCGAAUUAUCUACGGAGGUUCUGUAAAUGCAGCCAACUGUGCCGAGCUAGCAAAGAAAGAAGAUAUUGAUGGCUUCCUUGUUGGUGGUGCCUCUUUGAAGGGCCCAGAUUUUGCGACCAUUAUCAACUCGGUGACUUCCAAGAAAGUUGCAGCCUGAUGUACCCUGCUGCCGUAGAAAUAAGUGACCCAGAGAAGCAGCGCGGCUACCACACCAUAAUGCCUGAUAGAGAUACUUCGUGUUCAACAACCGUUCUUAUUUUGGCACACGAGGGAAUAAUGCAUGAUGCCACUGUGUUGUUUUUUUUUUUCCUCAUAUACCUGGCUGGCGUUACGGGAGCCUAUUUGUUAGUGAGCGAGUGACAAAUAACACACGUGAAUUGCCGCUAUAUGUGCUGUUUACCUGACAUAUGUGGAAGGAAUGUUCUUGUGUUGGAGAAAAGAACCAUUGGUAAGUA